AUGGGGACAGCUGAUUUUGGUGACAACUGGCCUGCUCCAACCCAACGAUUUCAACAGCAAAAGCACAUGAAAGGCACUUCAGACACCCAAGAACAGGCAUUUAUUACGGCGGUCCAGCUUUUGAGCGUCAGCUUUACGUUGCCUGUAGAGCAAUUCGAGAAUUCUAAGAGCUCAACAAACUUGUACUUCGCCACAGCUUCUGAUGGCGUGCCAGACGCUCGGCUGAUCAGCUCUCUGCGGAUGCACACAGACUAUCGAUGGUCCCCAGCAUUUGGUCAUGAAGCAAGGAGUACCUCGCCUGAAUAUCUCUUCAAAGCAACCCACGGUGGAGAACAGCCAUUAGCAGGACUUGGAGAUGCGCCAGUGUCUCUCGAUCUGAGCUAUUCGGGAAGAAGUCGGAGAUCGAAGCGGAAGAGAAAACGGCAACGGAUACGAUAUGUCACGCCUGCGAAUAGGUCAGGGCAAGAGCAUGUCGAGAAGUUUGAUGGUCACAGGUCUAUCCCGGCUUUGGAAAGCUCUGCUUUGGAUUCGGCAGAAGGGGGCUUCAGUGACUCUACGCAGCAAACGAGGUCUCACCUGAUGCCAGGGCGCAAGGCUCAUAGUUGUCCCGUGAGCCCUACCCUGACUACUGAGCCGGUGUCUCGAGGAACUCGGCUGCAUCAUCUUCCUACCCAAAUCGAGAUAGAUGAACCGCCUGUCCAGACCCCACAGGCGCGUUGGCAGCUAGAGUCUAGUCGAUACACCUUGGAGCCUGCAAUUAGAACAGAACCGCACCCAGUAUUUAUUCAGCCCGUCAAAGAACUGGUUGUAAAGAGCUGGCAGACUUUCCGCAAGAAGCUUGAUAAUACCCUUAGCCGUGGCUGCCCCGAUCCAGGAGGCACCUCUGCACCAUUUAAGAAUGAACAAAUGUCCAUGUCAUGGCCAGCUCUGGCUGGCCCGUCAGCAAGCUCCUGGGCAGUCCAACGACGUCGAAAUGCUAGGGAGAGACACGAUAUAUACAGCAGCAGCGUUGAAAGCAGCCCGAGGUAUAAUUCACUAACAUCCGGAACAACAAGCGAUGCCUCAAGCCAAAUACCUGCGGACCCGACGGCUACGAUGUCCGUAUCCAGGGGCUCUUCUUCCCUAGCAGAAGUGGUUAAUGCUACCAAAGCGAAGAGCCCCCCAGCAAGCUCUAACCACUCCAUCCCAUCUUUCAUCUCGAAUAGCACCUCUGAUGCGGACUCUGAAAGCUCUAAUCCCCGACCCCUUCCUCGGAGCCCCGCUGGAUUCUUUAUAGGCAAGUCAGGAGGGAGCGGUCCAAACCAUACCAUGCCUUCGUUUGUUCCGCUUCGUGGAAACAAGCGUCGGGGUAGGCGGCCAAGCAUGUUAUCUGAAGUAUCCACGCCUUAUGGGGAUAUUACUCUGACGGAAGCGGAACAGCUUAUGAUGGAGGGCAGUGGGAACGACGUGAUGUGAGGCACUGGAGAAUUGAAAUCUAGCUCGAGUAGAGAGUUUCCAGCUGAGACGAUAUGCGAGGCGGGCCCGGAGUCUCACCGGCUUGCAAGAUGUCGCUCACUAAAUGCAUUAACUGAGCAGGAUUUGUACCUCGCUGGCGAUUCUCAAAACAUGCAUGGCCCUGUAGAAGGACACGAAGAAGAUAUGAGCAGGAGCAGGUUGCAGAGGAUAAGCUCAGCUGGGACAACUGUUAUUACACCAAGUGACGACAGCAUAGAAGUUGGUGAAUCGCCAGCUGGACCACCCGCCAGAUUAUGGGAUGAAGGGGAUCGGAAGGGAAAAAGGAAAGCCAGGAGCUUUCUUUGACAAGAGGUAGUAGUCUGAAUUUCCAACUAGCCUCAGG